AUGGGCGCGGUGGUCAUGAGGAAGGUGGUUGAGAUCGGUGAGAUGAACGUUGUCGCCUACCCGCUGGCCAGGACCAAGCACGGCCGCCCCGGCGCUCCGUCUUCUUCACAAUCUCGCGCUGGGAAAGGAGGGCGUGGCCACGUGGAGGAGAUAGCUGAAGUCGAGGGUGUUGUUGAUGACAUAAAAGUGAAGAGUGUUUGUGCUGUUGGUGGUGACCUCCUCUGCCGCGCGCCGGCGGUGGCCGACUUGCACUGCGACCCUGGCCAUUGA